AUGAUUCCCAUCUACGAGGCAGAGGUUGCCAAGAUCAACCACACCCGGAAACAAGACGGACUGGAGGAGAUGCAGGAGAUGCCUCUUGCCCGAGUCACGAGCCAGAGACUGUGUCGGCGCUGUCGCGGCCCUGCCGAUUACAGAUGCCGAACCUGCUGGUCGUUUUACUGUUCAUCUGAGUGUAAGAAGCGCGACGCCGCCGCCCACGUCUUCACCUGCCGAAUGCCCAACCGGCCCAACGAUGUAGACUUCUUGCGACUAGUCAUCCGGAAAGUUAGCAGGGAGGUGAAAUCCGAAGAUGAGGAGCGGAUGCAUAACGCGUUCACCUAUCUGUUCUCCGACGACCAUAUCUGCCGCACUUUCGGCUUCAACAACUGCGCGGACAGACUUCAGGUGCUCAAUCUCAUCUGCCUGUACGGGACCCUCUUCGCCCGAGUCCGGCCCGCCGUGCGAGCGCUGCACGAGGAGCUGGAGGCUAGUACACUCGUCCAGUUCAUGCUUACUUUUUGCAAGCUGGAGCGCGAUAUAGCGAGUCUCAGAAACACGAAGGAAUGCAGCUGCGUCUCAUGGUUCUUGGGAUGGUCGCCGGAUACUUUCCCAGUCCCGAACAUGGACCAGGAGCAGUACGACAUCUGGAUCGCCGCUGCGAGCAGUGCCUUUGCGUCCCUCAAUGUUGAUCAACUUUUCAAGGCUGAAUACCAGUUCAGCCGGUCACAGAGGGACGUUCUCGACCUGUACAUCGCAAUACAGCCCACUCUCUGGAGACUCCCUGACGCGACGACGUCGACCUGGAUCAAGUUUGGGUUCUGCCACUGCAGGUCGUUCUCCCAGCGUGUACAACUUGCAAAGCACUACCUGUCACUUGCCACAUCUGGUGCCACGUUUGAUGACAUUGUCGCCGCAUAUGAGGCGCUGAGAAUACCCGAAUUGAUGCACGCCCGCGGCUUGGACAUCUCAAAGCUGGAGAGCCAGGGCGUAGUCCCUCGUCGGCCAGGCCCCUGCGAGUACAGCGUCUUUCGACUUAUGAUAAGUGUCGAGCAUGCGCUGUCCGGACGCUUCUGCGACUGUUUCCGGGUUCACGAGCAGCGCGAGUGCCACCGCCCCUUCGAGACGCACCUCGAGCGGGAGGGUGACUUGAAUUUUGGAUUUCACCUGACAAGUAGCUGGGAGAAGUGGCAGCUGCUCAACUUCUAUAAGUACAUCUUUCGGCAACGGAGCUUUGACGCUCGUCGCAUGGCACGGGCUGUGGAUGAUGCCGACCGCGAUAGUCUGGAGGCGUAUCUGGAGUCGCUAGACCCUGGAAUGAGGAAGAGACUGCACCUUGCCGCUGCGCCGCUGAGCCAGUAA